CCACAAAUUUCAAAAUCCCUAAAAAGUCACCAACAAUGGCGGAAACCGAGACAGAGACGAUCACCACCACCACCACAUCUCCACCGGCGAUCUCAGAAACCGAAACCUCCACCACAUUACCAACAAUGGAAACAGAGAAGAAUCCAAAUCCAGUAACCAUUUUACUCCGAAUCUGGCCACCGACUCAAAAAACUCGCGACGCCGUCAUUAACCGUCUGAUCGAAACACUAUCAACCGAAUCAAUCCUCUCUAAGAGAUUCGGAACUCUCGAAUCUGAAGAAGCUUCCUCCGUCGCGAAAUCAAUAGAAGACGAAGCUUACGCCGUCGCUUCCGCCGCCGUGGUUAGUGAUGACGACGGGAUCGAGAUUCUUAAAGCUUAUUCUAAAGAGAUUAGUAAACGUAUGCUUGAAUCUGUGAAAGCUAAGACUAAUGUGGCUUCUCCUACACCAAAGGAUGGUGAUGGUGUUGAAUUAGCUGCAGAUUCAAGUGAAGAUGUUAAAGAUGAUGAUGCGAAUCCAAAGCUUGAGGAGGCUUGAAUAUGGUGUUGUUCUCUUAUCUCUAAUUAUCUUUUAAAAAAUUAUUUUCUAUGUU